UCCAGAAUUCACCAGAAUAUUUUAAAAACUAGUUUGCCGUCAGUCUCGUUGGAUUCCUGUUUGGAGAACGUACAGAAUAAAUGCCGUAUCGAGUAGACCAUAAAACUCCGUAAAAAAAACUGUGCCGUAAGGAGAAGAAGAAGAAUUUAAGACGGCGGAAAUUUCUUUUCCAUUCCGGCCUUAAAAAUGGAAAACCCGGAAAAACACCAAAUUGAGAUAACUCCAUUUUUACACGAUGCGAAUAAUGAUCAAAUCGAAAAAUUGGACAGUGAGAAACCCCACAAAGAUGUAUCUUGCGGAUUUUGGAUAUUCAAGGGACCUUUUCUACAAAGGUUUGCUACUGAAAAAAUGUAUGUGGUGAUUUACGGCAUCGGAGGAUGUCUUUUGUCGCUGAGCAUGGCAUAUUUUAGUGGAACCAUAACGACCUUGGAAAAGCGAUAUAAGAUACCAACAAAAAUGUCUGGAGUUAUUUUAGUAGGAAAUGAUAUAAGUAUGAUGAUAACAUCGGUUCUUGCUGGAUAUUAUAUACAUAAUAAGGCACAUCGACCACGUUGGUUGGCUUCAGGAUUCUUUUCAAUGUUCCUAUUCUGUGUGCUAACAAGUUCGCUACACUUAAUGUAUGGACCUGGCGAAGAAGCCUUAAAACUAACCCGGGAAUAUGGAGAAAUGCAAAAUGUGAGCACACACUUGACAAGUUCGCAAACCGAUCAGAAACUAUGCAGAAAAGAGGAAGCAGCCUGUAUUAUGGAGGAAGGUACCUGGAUACCACAAGUUGUUCUGUUUGCUGGCGAGUUUUUGGCUGGUAUCGGAUUUGGUUUAUUCUGGAGUAUAGGCAUAGCCUAUAUGGAUGACAAUACCUCAAAGGCGAAAUCACCAGCUCUUCUCAGUGCUACUGCGUUCCUUCGCAUGCUUGGUCCGGCACUUGGAUAUUCCCUGGCUUCCAUGUGUCUGCGUUUGUAUAUAGAACCAAGUCUGGAGCCUCUGAUCAAGCCCGGAGAUCCAAGAUGGUUGGGUGCCUGGUGGCUCGGCUGGCUAGUUUUGGCUGUGGUCACAUUCAUUAUUGCAUUCCUGAUGCUUCUGUUUCCCAAGGAGUUGCCGAGCUCGAAAGCCAGGCGUUUAAAACUGGAGCUAAGUGGACAGCAGGAUCAUAGCGAUCAAAAGGAUCUUUCGGCCAGUGACAUGUGGAAAUGUGUAAAACGCCUGGCAACCAACAAAAUCUAUAUGUACAACACUUUUGCCUCGAGUUUUUAUCUUUUCGGAUAUCUGGCUUACUGGAUAUUCACGCCAAAGUAUAUCGAGACCCAAUAUCGACAAUCCGCAUCCACGGCCACAUUGGCCACAGGAUCCGUAGCUCUCACCUUCUCUGCCAUUGGAGUCCUUCUCUCCGGUUACGUCGUGUCCAAGUACAAGCCUAGUGGACGGACCAUGGCGGCUUGGAAUGCUUUCGUCGAUUUUAUUACAGUUGCUGCGGUUUUUUUCUAUGUGAUCAUCGGUUGCGAUGGAAGCGAUAAUCUGGGAUCCAUGGCAACCACCACUGAUUGCACAGCCGCCUGCCAUUGUGAAUAUGUCCACUAUGCUCCGAUCUGUAGUCCCAACAAUGUCACCUAUAUAUCCGCCUGCCAUGCCGGAUGCACUGGCAAAUCCAAGGACCUCCAAGGACAUACCAUGUACACAGGUUGUGGUUGUCUAACCGGACUGAACAGCACAGGAAUAUCAGGAGAUAUAUCCCAUAUGCAAACUGCAGUGGAUGGAGCCUGUCCUGUGGAUUGUACCAAACAGUUUUAUAUUUUUCUGGCCGUCAUGUGUUUUACUAAAUUCAUUGGAGCCUGCAGUAAGUCAACCAACGUCCUCAUAUCACUGCGAUGUAUUCUACCUGAAGACAAAAGCUUGGCCCUGGGUGUCAGUGGCAUGGUUGCCUGUCUGACAGCCCUAAUUCCUAGUCCAAUUUUCUUUGGAUGGCUCCUGGACAAAUACUGCUUGGUUUGGGGCAAAACGUGCAGCAAUAAGGGAAAUUGCUGGCUCUACGAUACGUAUUCAUUAAGAUAUACAUUUAAUUUUGUGGCAGCAUUUUUCAUAUUUUUUGGAGGCAUCUUAAAUAUUGGAGUAUGGCUUAAUGCUAAAAAUCUUAAAGUAUUUGAUGAUGACACAAUUGAAAAGAAGAAAUUGGACAGCAAUUUUGAUAAUUUUAACAAAAUCACAAUAAGCCAAGUAAAUAAAGUUCCCAAGGAACAACAAGAAACUUAAGUUUAAAAUUAAUUAUAAUAAUUGUAAAUUGCAAAUAAAUUUAAAAUAAAUCAAAUAAUUCGUA